AUGGAGUCUAUAGCAAGGAUCUCGAGUCUUAUGGAGACUGCGAGAGAGCUCACCCUCGAUGCGGCACAGGCUACGCGCAAUGCUCGCUCGAGCUCCCGUCCACUUGACCGGAACCAGAUCCGGAAGCUUCUCGAUAGUAGGAAUGACAGAGAUGUUUUGGAGGGACUGCGACGAGUCAUAUCGAUGAUGUACCGGAACCAAAAGACAUUGCCUUUCUUCUCCUCCGUCGUCAAGAAUGUUGCGUCCCCCAACAUCGAAAUCAAGAAGCUAGUCUACAUCUACCUCAUCCACCAUGCUGAGCAAGAGCCCGAUCUAGCCCUGUUGUCGAUCAACACGAUUCAAAAGUCGCUUUCCGAUCCUAGCCCACAGGUGCGAGCCUUGGCACUCAAGACAAUGUCUGGUAUCAGGGUACCUGUCAUCAGCCAGAUUGUGUCGUUGGCUAUAAAGAAGGGAGUCGCCGACAUGAGUCCGUAUGUCCGCAAAGCCGCAGCUCUCUCUAUCCCGAAAUGCUACCGAUUGGAUCCGAGUCAGUCACCUCAACUGAUUGACUACCUGACGACUCUCCUGGGGGACAGGCAGUAUUACGUGGCUGGAGCUGCUGUAUCUGCCUUCUUGGAGAUUUGCCCAGAGAGAAUCGACAUGAUUCAUAAGCACUACAGAAGCCUUGUGAGGAAGAUUGUGGAUAUGGAUGAAUGGAGCCAGCUUGCUAUGCUAAGGCUCAUGACCUACUAUGCGAGAAGAUGCUUUCCCAGAGCGACGGCGCAAACAGCAUUGUCACCCCAACAACAUGAUACCAAUGUAGACGACUUUUAUGCCGACUCACCAAACGCGGGGAAGACGCAACAGGUUUCUGUCAGCGGUGACUUGCUAUUGUUGCUCACCAGUAUAAAGCCGUUGCUGCAGAGCCGAAACUCUGGUGUUGUUGUUGCCGUGACGAGGUGUUAUGUCGACAUCGGCACACCAGAAUAUGUGAAACUCGCCAUUGGACCAUUGAUUGCGCUAUUGCGAGGCGCACAAGAUAUCCAGCAACUUGCUUUGUACAACAUUGUUUCAGUUUGUCUCUUGAGACCAAAUGACUUUGUAAAAUAUGCAAGUCACUUUCUGGUUAGAGCGACGGAUCCCGCACCGGUAUGGGAACUCAAGCUGGAAGUGUUGACAAUCAUAUUUCCACACAGUCCGCUUCAUGUGAAGAGUCUCAUCUUGAAAGAGCUGGAACACUUUUCCCAGGGUGCUAAUAAGGCUCUUGUACGAGAAGCUGUCAGAGCAAUCGGGCGAUGUGCCCAAUCGGAUGUCAAGACCGCUCCGAGAUGUCUCAAGCUCCUUCUUAGUCAAAUCACUAGUCUCGACGGGACUUUGGCUGCAGAGUCUCUGACAGUAAUUCGCCACUUGAUUCAACAAGAUGCUGAGGGACAUGCUGGAACUGUUGUUCGUCUCGCCAAGAAUCUCGACUCGGCGACUGAUCCACAAGCUAGAGCUACCAUUAUCUGGUUAGUAGGCGAGUUUUCAGGGUUGAAUGGCGAAGACAAUAUCGCACCGGACGUCUUGCGCAUUUUGUUGAAAGACUUCUCGAGCGAGUCCGAAGCUGCCAAGAGGCAGAUCUUGCUUCUAGGGGCAAAGGUUUACCUUCAUCAUAUCAACAGAAAGAGUGAGGCUGAGAAGGAAAGAGACGCAGAGGAAGAUCCAACGCAGGAAUCCGAUAUCCACCCUAUCGCCCGCCUUUGGGACUACCUGCUUCUCCUUGUUAGAUAUGACACUUCCUAUGAGCUGCGAGAUCGAGCGAGAAUGUACAAGUCGCUUCUCGGUGUCCCUCAGCUGGCAACGUUGAUGCUUUUAGCACCAAAGCCCGCACCACAGGCCCCCAGCCCUUCAGAAUCUCGAAAGGGGUUUCUUUUAGGCUCAUCAACUCUGAUUUUGGCUGGUGGUGGCGGGAUUCACGGGUUGAGGGGGUAUGAAACGCUUCCUGACUGGGUCGAGGCGGGCAAAGAGCCUGAUCCACGUCUGAGGGACAAUGAUGAUGGCAGCAUGUCCUCUUCUAGAUAUGGUGAGAAGAAUGCCGUGGCGCCAGCAGGCGAUAUGUUGGAUCAAGCUGCAACUUCGAGACCACCCACGAGUAAGGCAAACGGGCUAGGUGAAGGUGUAGGGACUAAGACUUUGGAUGAUUGGCUUGCAGAGGACAACGCAGAGGAGGAGAGUGAAGAGACUGAGGAGGAAACGGAGGAGGAAACUGACGAAGAAGAGACAGAUGAAGAAGAUGAAGAGGAAGAGGAAGAAGAGGAGAGUGAUGAUGACGGAGAGAGAGAUCGUUUGGUCAAGGGAUAG